CUGGGCCACCCGUGCCCCCACCAUGGGUCAUGAUACAAAUAGGCUGAUGAUACAUGUGUGUAGACUUCGCAGCUGGAACUUGUCACUGACCUUAUCUGUGAGUCCAGUCACACUGAUAGCAGGGUUUAUUAUACAGGUCACCCUGUUGCGUAGUGCUGCAUCGCUGCCAUGUUAGCUUUAUUGCUGCUGUUCUCCCUCCUUCACUAUGGCAGCACAUUUGACCCUGGGUGCAGCUUCAUGAACGGUCAGUGUGUGUACAGUGUCAAACUCGGUCACGAAGGUCAAUGCGACGCUCAGACCACUGCCGCCACCACCGCCUCCACUUCCUGCUGUAGUGCUGUAGAAGAUGACGUCGCGCUGAUGAAGGCGUCCAUGUCGCUGAUGACGAAGCAGAUUGCGCAGCUUCAGAAUACGAAUGGAGGCCAGUCAACGUCUCCACUUGGAGACUUAAGCGUUGAACAGCUCCAGAAGGCUUUGUCAGAUCAAGAAGAACAACUUAGAAACGUCACGAAGGAUGCAUCAUAUGAGAUCAGUCGUCUACAUAACGAGCUGGACGCUUGUAGAAAGCGACCAGACUGUACCAAGAGCACCCCUAGUAAUACGGCUACAGUUGCGACUACCAGCACUACUGCCACCAGCACGACUGCCACCGCCACCAAGACCACGACUACGACCACUGCCUCUCCCGUGAACUACACCAUGGUUUUCUGUGACUUCGAGACCAACACCUGCGGCUACACCCAGGCCAGCAACAACACGGCCAAGUGGUACACGGGGACGGGGAGGCCGACCACCGCCACAGGACCAUGGAAUGAUCAUACAAUUGGCACUCCUGACGGAUCUUACAUGCACAUCGAUGCUCACCGAUCGGCGCUAUGGUACAAGAGGGAAACAUCCGCCCUGCUUGAGUCGCCCCUGUUUGACCCCUCACCAAACUAUUGUGUCCAGUUUUGGUACAAUAUGGCCGGGCGGGACAUACAGGACCUCAAAGUAUAUGCAAAAGUUGGCAACGGUCUAGGCUACCCUGUGUGGACUAAAUCUGGCCAGGUGUCUAUAAAGUGGCAGCUCGGAGAGAUUGACAUCGGCCAUGAGUAUUCUUCAAGGCAAUUCCAAUUAGUUUUUGAAGGAACAUCGAAAAGCUACUACGAACACAUCUUUGCAUCCUCUCCCCAUUACCACAACACAUCUGGAAAUAUCGCCAUUGACGACAUUUACGUCUACAACACAACGUGUCAAAGUCUCCGCGACUGUCCCCCAGGUGCAUAUCGCCGAACAGGGAACAACAGUCAUUCCUGCUACACCUUCCACACUGCGCCAGCCAAAUGGGACAAUUGUCACGUGACAUGUAAACAACAGAACGCGGCCUCCCACCUGGUUGCCAUCGACUCUGAGGAAGAACAGAAGUUCCUGGUGAACAUCAUCAAGAACGACCCAGUCCUGACGGCGGCUGGCACUGCCGGCUUCUUCACCGCGGGCAACGACGAGGAGACCGAGAACAACUUUAGAUGGACAGGUAUGACAACGCUUUACUCCAUUGGCUAUACCAACUGGUAUCCAGGGCAACCAAACAACGUAGGAUCCAAUCAGCAUUGCCUAGUCAUGGAAUAUCCCAACGCGGACUACGAGUGGGGUGAUAACGAUUGUGCCUCCGCGUACCCCUACAUCUGUGAAGUGGACCUGCCCAUGCCAACACCAGUGACAACCACGUCCCCAUGAGGCAUCCUACGAAACUGUCCAUUAUUAAGUGAUAGACCUCAUAAAUAAAAGAUGUAUGCAUUU